GGCCGCCAUCAUGGCGGAGCCCCCGCCCGCCGCCGCUUCAGCCGCCUCAGCGCCGCCGCCUGAGGGACCGGAGGAGAAGGAGGAGCUUUCCCCCGGCGGAGCCCGCCCGGCGGCCGAAGGUACGGUGUCAGAAUCUGACCCUGGAGAGAAAAAACCAGAUUCUGAGCCAUUCCUAACACCACCUGCUGUAACUGCUGGGAGCAAGAAGAAUGUUACUUCUCGUGAGACGACCGGAGCAGCCGGGAUGAAGAGAUCCCAGGAAAGUCCCAGGCUCAGGAAGAGCCCCCGUGGUCCCAGCCCCAAGAGGAUGUCUCCCUGGAGGAGCAGUCCCAGGAACGACCAGGCAAUGACUUCCUUUAGCUUGUCCCCGAGACUUCUUGGCACCACUCCUCGAGCCAAGCGUCGCUCUUGGUGUCGCUCGAGCCUGAAGGGGAUAAAACGCCGAAAAUCUCUGCCUCCUGUUCACCAAGAUGUCACGGGUACAUUCUCCCUUUAUCAAUCUUUCUUUCAAGAAACUGGCCGGGCAGCAGCCUGCAGCAAAUUGAAAUUUAAUUUCAUGGCACGACUUUUAGGGUGGUUACAGCGUAAUUGUGUUAUUCUUGCCCAGUAACCACCGUUGUCUGUGUUGGCCGUGGUCCUGGAG